AUGGUAUGGAUGGUCGGGAGCGGAUCAGAGCUGAACUUGGUUUCUUUUCCUGUGUUUGUUGGUGGCCUCAUGGGCUAGCAGCACUAGCCUGGCCUUUACAUGGGAAUUUCUCCUACGGCGUAAUACGAAUAUGCAUGGACUGGGUGGGCAAUGGUCAAUUCUUCUCUUCUUGCUUCUUCAGCGGUCCAAGAACGCAAAUGCUUCUUCUCGAUGUAGUAGAUGACGGAAUGGAAAGGGAAGUGCAGCCAAACGUCCUAUGAAUGAGUGCACGAGAGGCAGAGCAUUAUAUGUGGUGGGCAUCUCAUGGGAAUAGAACGAAUGACAUCAAAAAAGACAUGAAAACAUCCAAUGCUCUCGUGUGUGUAACGGUGACUCGUAUCCUCUCAGCUCGAUGACUACAGUGGCGACCCGAGGCAAUGUACUCUGUACCAAUUACCAGCAAAGUGGCAAUACCCUCGUUCCCAAUCGGUGCUACUCUUCCACUCCCCUCGAAGCAGCUCCAGCAGUAUUCGUCAAUGCCACCCACCGCUUUUUGGCAUCUAGGUCCAGGCCAAGCAAGUGGGAAGUCAGCAACAACGCUCUCUGCCACCCAUUUGCCUCACAAUACCCUAUCAGCGCCGCACCCACAGAUUACGUGCAUGGCCCUCGUCUCAGCACAGCAUCUGCAUCUCUGGAUCCAGAUCUUCCAGUGGCGGUCGGGAGAAAGAAGGAGCAUCACGUGAGACCGAGGAUGCCUAUCGCACGCCCCCUGGUCCCUUGGCAGCGGCCGUGCACCGCUGCUCAUCGCCGCUCCGCAGCAUUGCGCUGGCCUUGCAGCGACAGAAGCAGCGCAGAUUCGUGGGCUGUCGGGGCUUGCAGCACGCAGCGUGCAGCGAACGCAGCAUUUCAUCGCUCUCUCUCUGCUCGUGUUUUUUCCCGUCGAGAGUAUGUUUGCGCGUACGUAGCGGUCAAGAAAACUUCUUCUAUUUUCCCAAGGCAAAAACAGGCAUUGGGUGUGUGCAGGGUUGGUGGUCCCCCUCCCUUGGGCUAUUUUUAUUUGAAAGAUCUCUGGUGGCCUGAGACCGACGGUUUUUGAGGGGUCGGAGUCAAAACUUUGUUUCGAUAUUUGGAGGAGGGAAGGUGUUGCAUUCCGACCCAUAGAAAUCGACGACGCGCAACGACGAAUCGAAAAUCCCACGAGUUUUGAAGGAAGAGGUG